GAAAGUAUAUAAAGUAUAUCCAUGUGUUGAUCUCUAUCACAUGCAUGCCGGUUUUUAAUGCAUCUGAGAGGACUGAAGGUCAAUUACUUUCAUUUUUGUUUAAAUUCAGGCCAAAAUGGAUUCACAAAUCACUGCUUUCUUUAGUUUUGCAUUUCUGCAUUUCACAUACAUUUUUGUAGCUUCUAAACAGCCCAUUCUCAAUAUUUACUAGGACGUGUAAAACCACAACCAUGUUAUUCUGCAUUCUGCCGUUCACUGAGUUUUAAAUUUUUAUUUUAUUUUUAUUUCUACUGCCUCUGUUCUUCUUUAUAUUUCAUCUUGUAACUGCAUCUGCGUUAGUUUCCUAGAAUUAAACCUGAAAUUGUGCACCUAAAUCUCAUCUUGGCUUCAUUCCAAAUCCACUGCUGAGCUCUUGAGUGCAGGGGACAUUCAGAGAUGUCUGACAGCUGCAGUCAUUUUGAAAAGCAGCUCAAAUGGAAGCCUGAGAUGGAUGUAAGUGCGUUACCUGUUCAUUAAACUGUUUCCAGUAACUAUAACCAUAAUCUACAGCCUGACAAAUGUGGAUGAAAAUCAUGAGCAGAAAAGCAUAAACAGACUGGGAACCUCACCAACACUGCAAACGUUUUCAGCUUCUUAUCCUCUUGCCCGUGUCCCUGUGGUAUGACCAUAGCUGUCGAGCUCCGCCUACUCAAUGUAAAGAAGCACCAUGUAACAGGACAGUGAGACCUCCUCUGUCGUAUUAACACAAAUACUAACUGUGACAAGUCUCAUGUCAGUGAUGGCUCUGCUGCUCUGGUUCAUCGGUGUGCUGUCAGUGAGUUUGAGCUCUCAGGCUGGUUUAACUGUAGAAGCAGAACCUGGUGAUGAUGUCACUCUCUGGUGUCAGUACAGCCUGAGUUAUUCAGAUUAUAUAUUCUGGCACAAGCAAACAUGCAGAUCUACACCAGAUUAUAUUGCAUGUAGAUAUUACUCAGUAUCAUCAUCCUCUAAUCCCUGUUUCUUCAUCUCUGAGAGUGAGAGGUCAGUGAUGAGAGUGAACUCCACGUUCUCCUCUCUCACUAUAACUGCAGUUACUCUCUCUGACUCAGGACUCUAUUACUGCAGCAGCCUGGAGGAAAAAUACAUGAUCUUCAGCACCACAACAUAUUUACACAUUAAAGAGAAAAAAGAAACAACUUCCAUUGAACCAGAGACAUCUGAAGAGAGAAACAAAACAUCCUCCAAGGCACCAGGCAGAUCUGAAGCUGGAUUCACAUCAGAUGUCUUCUUCAUACUGACUGUGGUGCUCGGGGCUGUGACUGCAGUUCUACUGAUUCUGUUGAUUGUUCAGUGCAACAGAAAACAGAGAGAUGAUUGUGAUGCUAAACUGAAACAAGAGAAUGAGGUCCAGGAUGGUGAAGCGGUGAACUACGCUGCUCUGCACUUCAACAAGAGAAACAAGAGAUCCGAGAAAAAUGUAACUGUGGUUGAUCCUAAUGUUGUUUAUUCUUCUGUAAGUAACAUUCGCUAAGGUUACUAACCAGCUAGAACCAGCUCUUCAGGAAAUUGAAAUAAGUAUUAAUGGUCAUAAUAAGUAAAAGCAAUAAAACAACACGAUCAAUAAUAUAAUGUAAAUCUUAGUAGUAAAUAAAGCAAAUAAAAUCAGAUAAAUUAAUUAAUCAACUAAUGCAAUGUACAAAUUAAAAUAAAAUAAGACAACCUUUAAAUUUAAACUGCCUAGAGAUAACAGUAAGGUGAGAUUCAGGCUGUUCUAUAAGAUAUAUUUAAAUUUCAUUUUUUUCCCAAUGUGUUAAAUUCAGUAAAUAUACAGUAAUUUAAAAAUGUGCAGAAGUGUGUUCUCUGUAGAAGAUAUGUAAACCUAUUUAUAUCAACAACCAAUUCUGAACAGCAUAAUCUGACCAAAAGCCCCCAAACUUUUGCAUACUGUAGCUUAGUCUGCUAGUCUGUUAGUGUAACUAACUCUUGGCCUUUGAAUGUUUAUCAUGUUACCAUAAUCAUCAUUGUUGUAUAAUAGCUGUUUAGCACUGUAUGUUUUAAAGGAGUAUAGAUCACUAUAUGCAUCUUUUUGAUUUUAGUGUUACUUACAUCCAGUUGUUUACUGAAAUGAUUGGUCUUUAUAUGAAUGGUUGGAUGUGGCUGCUUUACUCUGCUUUAUUUAAAGUCAACCUGGAAUCAAAGUAAACCUUUUUUACCCUGUUAGUUUAUGUCCUUGGUAGUGGCGCAGCCACUGUCAAAACGGGGUGGCCAGUUCAGACCCAGUGUGUUUAUUGAGGUGGCAAAAGAUAAAAUAAAACAGUGUUUAAUAAUGUUCUACUUUGCGAUAUUGAAGUGUUCACUCUCAGAAAUAAAGACACUAAACUCUCUCUAAA